AUGACGAGUGAAAAGAAAGCCGUUUUCGACAAUCUUCCAUUGGAGCUGAAAGCUCAAGUUCACAAAAAGCUAGACGUUGAUCAAACAGUCAAAUGGCUUCAAGUGAAUCGCCAACUUCGCAAGAUUUCCCUUUCUCAAGCUCUAUUCGAUGUAAAAGUCGACGAAAUCGUCGUUUAUAUCUACUUCAACUGGCGUCGAGCUCUCCACGUUGAAGAGCCUAGGUUUUUCCUUAAAAAACACCAAAAUUCCGCGAAGAAAAUGUUUGAUGGAGACCACUGGAGAUCGUUGUUCAAAAAGAUUCGUUUCACGAGAAAUUUCAUAGUCAAAGUGCUUUCAAUUGCUGAGACAACCCGUCCAAUAAUCGAUAUUCGAAGUUUUUCCAUUAGAGAAACUUUCAAGAAUUUUCUGUUUUCUGAUAAUCUGACAGUACAUGCGGACAGCAUUUCCCUUCUCAAAGUUAUCUAUGAAGAUUUUUACGUGGUGGCUCCAGAAAAUGUUUUAUUAAAGCUGUCGAACAGUGUAAACGAAGGAGAAUUCAGGGGAAAACUUUUCAGAGAGCAAACCUGUGAAAAGCUGUCGAUUCACGAUGCCCAAUCAGCUCUCGUUAUUCUAAGCGUUCCGAUAGAAGCGAAAAAAGUUGAAAUCGAUUUUUUGGGCGACGGAAUCGCCGAAGUAGCGGAGGAACGAGAAAUCAUUCACUCACUUUUACAGUACGGAGUUGCGUCUCCUAAAACGCAGAGUGUGAUCUUUAAGGGGAAAAAUCUAGGGGUACAUUCUGGCGAAUGCAAAGAGCUUUUGAAGAGUAUUACGGAAAAAGAAAAAAUCACUGAUAUCGAAGAAAUUCUUCGAUUUGUUGAGAAGAUUUCGAGCUAUCCGAUCGAUCGUUACACUCUCGAAUAUGUCGAUCACAGCAACGGACCAAAUACUAUUUUUUGGGAGUGUUACAGUCGAAGAGUCGACGAUCGCAAGAAAAUCACCGUCUUCUUCGCCUAUUUCUCGGCUUUUCCCAAGAUCUAUUUGGAGCAAGAGUUUUUUGAU